GUUAAGGUUAGUCACCUGACCAUAUACAACGAGGAAAAGUGCGAGGCAGAGUGUGGGCACUGUUAACGAGAGAAAGUUUGUCUGUUCCGCGGAGGCGAGUAAGUAGCUUAGAUUUGUACCUGUAGUGCACACCCUACACCCUCAAUAUCAAGAACACCAACUAUCGAAGAUCCAGACCAACUAUACUAAUAAGAAGAAGGACAUCGUGUAAUGGAUUAUGGUGCGUUUAGAUAACGAAGUUUUAAGUUUCCCCAACCCCAACUACCACCUAAACCCAGCCGACAUCAACAGCAACCCGGAACCAACCUUCAACCCAAUUGGCUUGGAUGAACGCUUGUUUGAAAAGUGGGAUGCGGUAAGGAACAGUGGCGAGGCUAAGAAUGGAGAAUCUUUGGACAUCAAUUUGAACUCUACCUUUGGCCAAACGGAGACAGUCAUGGCAAACCCGGACAGAGAUAAUAACAUGUGCAACACUGCUGAUACAACACAGACUUGUUCGGAGUCCGAUAUUAACAGUCCCAUGAGAAAAGACUCAAAUGACAAUACAACCACCAAGGAAAGAAACGGUCUUUUGGAGUAUUAUCUGAGUCUAGAAGCUGCUGUCAGACAACAACAGGAGGCUAAUCAAAAAGCAGAAGAAGAGGAAUUGAAAAAGAAUCAUGGCAAUGGCAGUGUACAGGUGACACCUGAAAGUUUGGAGAGUAAUCACGUGGCAGAUCAAUCCAUUACAACAACAUUACAACAACACCAUAACGAAGCAAACAAAUAUGUUCCACCAGUAGAGAGCGCUGUCAAAAAAGAUGCAGUUUCUACGUAUUUGAAGAGACAAUCUAUUCCCUUACCUGAAAAACCUUCUGAAGAACAAAAAGUCUCUUCUCUUGAGAGUACUCAGAAGGCAGAUAGUCCUAACACAUGUUAUAAAGAUGAUCUGUUGCCUCCCGGCUGGGAAAGACACGAAGAUGAAAGUGGUCCGUAUUACUGGCACAUCAGUAGUGGAAGUAUUCAGAGGCAGCCACCCCCACCAACGGUACCUCCAAUGGUCAACUAUACCAUUCAAUCCAAACGAUCGUCUGUUGGUCUGGAGUCAGUAUGGAACCCUUUAUCAAGUCUAGCAGCUUCAUCUCCACCUACCGGUAAAGUUUUCGAAGAGGAAACGAUCUCGGGACUCACUCGACGGCAAGAGAACCAGUUGAAAAGACGAAGCUACCCUCAGCGGUUGUGUAGCCUAACGCCUGAUAAGAAGCCCAUUAGAUUUGCUGUACGAUCUCUAGGAUGGGCGGAAAUAGCAGAAGAGGACCUAACUCCCGAGAAAAGCAGCAAAGCUGUCAAUAAAUGUAUUGUUGAUUUGAGUCUUGGACGGAAUGACAUUUUGGAUGCCAUUGGGCGAUGGGGAGAUGGAAAAGACCUGUACAUGGACCUGGAUGAUUACUGUCUUCGUUUAAUCAAUCCUCACGACCUAACUGUUCUAAAUAUUCAGCCCAUCCAAACAAUACGAGUAUGGGGAGUGGGCCGAGAUAACGGCAGAGAAAGGGAUUUUGCCUAUGUUGCACGAGAUCGGGUUACUCGGAAGCAGAUGUGCCACGUCUUCCGCUGUGACAUCCCUGCACGAAUUAUCGCCAAUACACUGAGAGACUUGUGCAAAAAAAUCAUGUUAGAACGUAGCUACCAACAAAAUUUUGCAAAUCUCGUUACCCACGCUGCUUCAAAGCCAACGAUGAAAGCCGAAAGGCAGGGAAUAAAAGCAGUAGCUGCUAGGCCUACCAACUUACCAGUGGAGCAAAGGCGUCUGAGGCAUAUGAAUUCAAGAAAUGUUUACAAUAGUCAGUCUUUCCCUACUCCUAUGGAAGAACCAAGAAAAAUUAUUAAAGCUUACUACCUUGGAACUACAUUGGUGCUAAAACCUUCUGGUAUGGACGUCAUCAACAGCGCUAUCAGUGAACUGGUAGUAUCAGUGCCAUCUGAAGCCUACAGAUACGUUGAUGUUGUUGUGUCGCCCUCUACUAUCGCCAUUGCGAAGAUAGGCCCUGAUCCAAGACUACUAGCUGAAUGUAGAGUGCGCUAUCUGACCUUUUUAGGCAUUGGACAAAUAGUGAAACACUGUGCUUUCAUCAUGCACACAGCAGAUGAUCAGUUUAUUGCCUACGUGUUCCAUUGUGAGCCUUCCUCAGGACCACUUUGCAAAACAAUUGAAGCAGCUUGCAAGCUUCGUUACCAGAAGUGUCUUGACGCUCAUCGAGAAGCCUUAGCUAGAAAGAAUUGCGAAGGUCAACAAAGGAAGGGUUUAAAGUCAAUAAUACGAGGAAUGUUUGGAAGUUUAACCAGUAGUUUGAGCCGGAGUAUCGAAUCAUGAAGACCUGCGAAAAGAAACUGUGUCAAUACGUUUCAUGUUAUGAAAUUCUAACAUGUAUGUGUAACGUGUUUUAGUUAUUACUUUUAGUUUUACUUUUUUAUUAUAUUUCCGGAAAAUUCACAGCGCUGCCGAAAUAUAGGUUUUGCUUGUUUUCAUUAUCACUAUAAAGUAAUAUUAAACAAAUAGCAGAGUUUUCGAAUGUAAAAAAAAAAAACAACUAAAUUUCUUCAUGGUGUCAUUUUUAAAUACGUGUUGUUGUUGUUUUUUUUGUGUUUUUUUUUUUGCAUAAUAAUACAUAAUAUCAUUUUGGUUUGUAUUUCUGAUUAAGUAUAAUAAUAUUUAUUGAUUAUCACGAUGUUUCGUAUGUUAGCGUCAUCUAGUGGUAAGAAAAUAUAUACAACUGAGCACUAUCUCGACAUUAGGCUAAUUGACAAUUUUUAAGAACCAAUAUGUUAUUUUUCCCUGUAGGUGAAUUUGUUUUUUAGUAACGUAAGUAAUUUAUCUAAAACAAUGGUUCUCAAACUUUGUCAAAGCAAGCCUCCCCAAGGAUCUUUAAAAAUAUCAAAAAACAAUUGCGCCUCCCCAUAGUUUACGAUUUAAGAUAUUGCUGUGGAAAAAAAACCACCAAGUUUAAGUGUCAGGGCUUGGCAUGGUAGGGUGGAUAGGCACCUAACUCGCAAUCUGCGAGUCGUGGAAUCGAAACCAAACUCUGAACUUAUUCACCCCUUUCAGCGUUGGAACGUUAUAAUGUGACGGUUAAUACCACUAUUUGUUGGUAAAAAAGUAACCUAAGACUUGGCGGUGAGUGCUGACUAACUGCCUUCUCUCUAGUCUAUCACUUCAAAAAUAGCAGCGACUAGUGCAGAUUGCCUCGAGUUGCUUUACAUGAAAUUCAACAAAAAAAAGUGUCACGGUUAGUAAGGUAAGAUAAACAAAAACUAUAUAUGGUAUAUUGUUCUUUAUUCGUUUUUUGUUUGGGAUAUUUUUCUAACAAGUUUUUUUUUUUUUUAAAUCGUCAAACCUUCUUUCUUAAAAACACUGACGCGCAGCCAGCGCUGUACUUCCCUGUAGGUUCCCCGAUGGGACAGCGGUAAUCUGUGGAUUUAUAACGCUAAAAUCAUGGGUUCAGUUCCUUUAGGUGUAUACAGCAGAUAGCCCGAUUUGGCUUUGCUAUAAUAAAAAAAUCAAUCACACAUGCUUCUCUGUAGAGAGGCGCCCAUAGUGUGAAAAUCGCUGGCUUAGAGCGUCUUCUAGUAUUAAAAAUAAUUGAAAGAUUUUAUUGACGGAUUUUUAAUUCAGUGUAAAUCCGUCGAAUAUCGUAUAUAUAAUACGUUCCACGUUGCUUGCUUAUCUAAACGUUCAAUGAAACAAAUUAAACAUCAUGUUUAUUAAAUCAGAAUCACAGAAUCUUCAAAAAUCUUUCAGUUAUCUCACAUUUAAGUGGGUAGGGGAUUAAGAGAUAUUAAGUUCGUGUAAGCAUUUAUAUAUAUUACGUACUUUUCGUCAUCAUUAUAAUUUAUAGAGAAAGCUGUUAGUUUUGUUGACAAUAUCUUAUUAAAAUAUAUUAAGAUGUCUGGUAUAUACUAAUUAAUAGUUUUCUUUUAAAAAUGAUGGGGAAAGUGGCGGUUUUUCGUCAAUUUUACAAGGACAAUAUUCGAAAUUUCAACAUUUAAGUUAUUACAAAACCAGUAAUGUUUCGACUGUGCUCUACAUGUGUUCUGAAAUGAUAACAUUAAAAUUUGGCCUUGUUUGACUCGGCUGUUUAGCUGUAGUCUUUCGUGGGAAAAUUAGUAUUCUAUUAAAAAUGUCAGUAAAUUACACGUGAACAAGUCAGUUAUGGAGAAUUAUUGUGAUUACCUGGGAAACUUGUUUGUUUAUUAUCAUUUGUUGUGUAAAUAACAUUUGGAAUGAAACAUUGUAGAACAACAAUAAAUGAAAAAAUUAUAUGUUCAAUUGAAGUUUACUAACCAAAUUUCUGAAAUAUAAUUUAAGGGCAGAUGUAAGAAUAUAUUUUCAGCAAGUUGUACGUGUAUAUAUAUAUUAUUUUUAUUUUCGGGAAUAUUAGCUGAGAGAAGAUGUUUCGAUACACGUGUUUUUCUUUAUAUAUUUCGAAAAUAUCACAUCCUCAGUGUUGUGUAAUUGUUAUCAUAAGAGGGUAAUGUGGCUUAAGAAAACUGUUAUAUAUAAAUUGAUUGUAUAUAUUACUUAAUCGAUUUUCCUUUUUCAAUUUUCUUGUUCUAUCAUUAACUUAGUCGUAAGCGAAGUACUUGGACUGAUGAUCUUCUAUUACUCAUGAUUGUAUAAAUUUUAAAGUUUUUUUAUAUGUUUUUAUACUUUGAAAAAUCCUAUUUUAAAUAUCACAGACGAAAAACUUAUAGGUCAUUACAAAUGAUUCGCAGAUUGAGUUUGAAUUUAUCCAGUUUGGAGGCCUCACAUGAAUUUUACGAUCAUGUUGGACUGUAGCUAACGCUGACUAAUAUUGAAGGAUUCCAAAUUUUGAUUGUAAUCCUUCUCUAAGUAGGAACUUCUGAGUUAGAAGUUCAUCAAACAAGUAGUUUGGCGAUAUAUAUAUAUUCACUAAAAGCCGAAAUGAAAUAAUUAGACUUUUGUUGUGAAAUGUUAUUUCACUUAAUGUUUCGUGUAUUAAGGUUGUAACUACAAUGACACAGUAUAAUUAACUUAUUGUAAACCUGCUAAUGUGUAUCAUUGUUAUUGAAUGUUGUUCUAAAAGAAAGCUUGCUUAUUCUUCGCUUUUUGCUUAAUAGCGAUAGUUAUGUGUAGGAAAUACGUUAUGAAAACCUGGACUUCUAGUCACCAUGUGGGGUUGUUAGACAAUUGUGAUCUCUGUUCUGAAGUUGCGUUUGUUAUUUUUAUCGACUUUUCAGGCUGUAAGAAAAAUUAGGCCUUAAGGAAACGUUAGAAUAAGAAACUUGUGCAUACAGCUAUUUCGAACUAAGUUUCUGUUGUAUUUUUCUAGCUUUCUAAAACUUAUGAAAUACACUGAAUAUAGUUAUGUUCAAAUCAACAUAAAACAAUAUUGUAUUAGACGAGCGUAAACACGUUGGAUAUAUAAAGAUAAUUUAUGUCCAUAUGACACGUGAAGUGCAAUGGCAGGUUUAAUUAGGAGCAUCAAAUAAUGACCUGACCCAUGAACUAGCGCUGAUGACUGCGUUUGUUUUUUCAUAGAUCGAAGUGUAUAAUAAAUGUAUAGGUUUUUGCUUUUACAUCUCAAAAGAUGCUUAUUUUAAGUGCUAAAAAUGUUAUUAAGUGAGUAAAAUCUACUUGUGACAGUAGUGAUACUAGUUGUUUUAUCUUGUAGAGAAUAAAUAAUUCCGUUUUUUGUGUGCAAUAAAUGUUGAUCAUAAACAUUUAUGUUUACUACAAUAUUGUUACACUGAAACUGGCUGUAUGUCUGAUAAUUCUUCAAUUCAUGUAUGAUGCGAAUAAAUAUAUAUAUAUAUUGGUGUUUGUUAAUUAACGUAUCCGACUUUUAAAAAACCGUAAAAAUAUCGACUGUGUUUUAUCCUUUACAAAAAUAACAUUAUUUUACCAAACAACACACUUCACAUGACUGAAAGUAUACUGAUGAUUGUUAGUUAGCAUUGAAAUGACAAGAACUGUUCGGAAGUUUUAAACAACUUUUAUGUACGUUAUAUUUAAAUAGGUGUUUGCCAACUGUUUGUGCUAGUACGUUAUUCUUCGCAGAAGUGGACUUUCGCUUGAAUUUCCUGUAAUCGCAAUAAUUCUAAUAUAUGAUUCUGUCUUAAAGAAAAAUGAAAAUAUAUCUUUUCUCUUGAAUGUUUCUGGUAUGUUGUGAAUUAUUUAUGUCAGCCAGUGAAGAUAAUUUCUGGCGUUGAAGAAGAAAAGGUAAAUUUGUAUAGAAAUACAGGUAUGUAUUGACGGGGAUUAAUUUAUAUAAAGGAUCUGUUAUACAUUUUCUAAAACUACGUGUUUCCUGAUUUGUUUAUUUGUGUAGCUUCAGAGCCUAAACAAUAUACUUUAGUUGUUUGAUAAUGUAACGUAUCUAUUUAUAUAAAAAAUUGCGCCAUCUAUAGAGAAGGAAGGACUUUUUCGGUAAGACUUUUGACACAUUUUCUGUAUUGUUUGUACUCGAUGGAUAACGAAGAAAUGACUUUACUGUACGGUGUGAAAACAGUCCUGCACGUGUACAUACCUUUUAACUUUCAAUUACUCGUAUAAAGACUAAAUUUGCUCUUUCUUUCGUCUUUGCUGUUAUUCCAGAUUUAAUGUUUAUGUAUCACGUAAACGUCUUUCAUUGUACUGGAGCAUGUAUGUUCACCAUUAAAGUGACCCAUCGACGUCUGCUAUUAUUUUACAUACUUUUUCUGCAAUUCGAACGAGAUUCAUAAAAAUCUCUUCUGAUAAAAGAAAACUGAUUUAGAUUGGUCAUCUAAUACUGGUCGUUUCAUUUCAACUGCUUUUCAGAGUUAAUGUGAUUAUUCAAAACUAGUAAUAACGAAACGGAAGAAUGUUUAGCUUUUCUCUGUGUAUGUAUAUUGAACUGUCUUAAAUAAAAAUAUUACAUGUUUA